AUGUCGGGCCCUCUAUCCAACGCUGUUCUUCUCCUCCUGUCUUUUGCCCUGCUUCAUACUCAGUAUCUGGAGGCUAAGCCUCUCUCUGCAGUCCAUGGUAACAUCCGAAGUCUUGACAGCACAGGUGGGGCGGUGCGUCUCCGUCGAGACCUCCGUGACUCACUGCCUUACGAGGCCCAGAUGAUGUCAUAUCCAGCAGCGGCCGACCUGAAGGGGCGAGCCAACGAGCUCUACUACCAACCAGAGGCCUGGAAACUGCAAGGGUUAGGCCAGGCCCUUCAGCAAAUGGUGGAGAACGACCAAAGGCAGGAACAGGAGGCUGCAUAUCUUGCUGGUCUGCUACGUCUCUUGAGCGAGGCAGAAGCUAACGGACAGGUCAGGCAAGACGAAGAGGAAGAGGAAGAUGAGGCUGGGGACUUCCAGGGGCCCUACCCUCCUGACUAUGACGAGACAGACCAGGGCAUGAGCAUGGCCAAGCCCCAAGCUCCAUGGCAGGGCCUGUUGGACCCUCAGCUGACCCAGGCCCUUCUAAACCGUUACAGGCAAGAAAGGCUGCUCCAGGCUGGACUGGGCACAACAACCAACAGGAUCCCAGAGCGAGAUCAGGACAGAGACCAGGAGGUACUCAGGUUGCUUGUCGAGAAGAUUCUGUCCGGUCUGUCAUCGGGUAACUCCGGUAACCCCUCCAGUCGGCGGGCGAAACGUGAUCUGGGGUCAGUAAGCGGAGGAAGAGGAGGGGUCACCGUGCUGAAACGCGCCCGUCGCUCCCUGGACCCCGUUCAGCCUCCUUCCCCCAGUGCCGAGGCCUCACUGCUACGGGUGAAGAGGCUAGGCGACGACGAGGAUGACGUCGGAGAGAACAACCGAGCGCCACAUGCCGGCCUGCAGAGGAUGAAGCGCAUAGAUACCGAAUUGCCACCCCCGACACACAGCCGCAAACGAAGAGCCGUGAUCUACGACCCCAAACUGAUCGCUCAACACAUCUUGCAAUAUUUGCCCGCGUAG